ACGAUACGUAGAACGGGACCGUGCGGAGCAGGUCCGCCCGUCGUCCCCCUCCCCUUUUCCCUUCCAUCCAAUUAUAUCCAGGCGAGAGAUCCCCGACCGACGCAUUUCUCGGCCGCUGUCCAAGACGGGCUUUCGUCGUCGGGUAAUCGCUCCGACGCAGAAUAAAUCCCGCACCGACUGUUUCGUCGACGAGGAAAGCCGAGCGGAGCAGCGUCGUCGUGGAAAAGCAGCGGGGAAAGCGGAGGCUCUUUGUUCGGCGCGACUGCUCUGCGCAUAGACUGACAGUGUGCACGGCGCAGCAUUGUUUGUGUUGUGUCGCGCGGUUGGAUCGGGGUGCUGCUCUCCUGUCGACCCCCAUCACGCGAGACGGGCCGGGGACAGCUCGACGACGGCGUCGUCCCGGAUAGAAUCGCGCGGUCACUCCAGGGGGACAAUCCAGUGACAAACGGGCACACGGAUCGUCGUGACCCCGUCGCCGAAUGAACGGCGGUGUCGCUCGAAUCGAGAAGCGAGCGAACGAGAGAGCGACGGAGAGCGAGAGAGCGCGGCGGCGGCGGACGCGGUGGCGUAACGCGGCGCGCGAGUGCUUUGUUUUGCCGAGCAGCUGAUCCGACGCGACGGGGCAGCUACGCUCACGACGGACGGACGUACGUGCGACACACGCGUUCGCGUUUAUCUGCGGCGCGCCAGCGCGAAUCGGCCGCGCUCUCGCCUCGCGCGCGUCGACUACGGGGACCCGGAAGAGCCCCGGGAUAAGCGCGUCCAUCCUCGACGAGGCGCGCCUUCCUCGGCAGAUCUCAACCUUCCGACGUCGAUACGGUCGGGAACCGUAGCGGUAAGUCGGAGCAGCGUCGAUUGGCCCCGUUACCGAAUCGAUCGCCGACGCUUCGUGUUGCCAGGACGGAUUUUCGUCAAGUCUGACGUAGCACAACGCAAGGGUGUCGUGAGUAACUAAAUCGAUUUUAGCGAUCGGACGCUCUUCUUCGUGGAAGAGGGGGGGAAUAGCAGUGGCGAUACGGAUACAAAUCCCCGAGAGUUCCGCGCAGAAAAUUCCAACGAAACGGACUGUGAUGUUUAAAUCCCCGGCGCGGGCGGUUGGUUAAGUGCAAGUCCUGAACGCGCUCGCUGGAAUCAACUCAAUGACGUGAGCCGUAUGUACGUCGGAAGCUGCAUCACUGGAGAGAUUAUGACAUAAGUCACGAGAGAGAGAGACGGCGCGAUUGACCGCGGCGUUACUCGUCGUCCCUCACAAUAAGCGGGAGCAAAAUUUUCGAGCGGAUUGAACGCUCUCGGUCGCCGCACGAGGAGCGACGUCCCGGCCGUCCCGCUGUGUUGUUUGGCUCCCCUCCCCCGCUCCUGAGUGACUUUCCUCGCUAGCCGCGGCGAGGAACAAAGGAAACGACGCUACUCAAAGACAUUGACGAUUCGAAGUUUCUCUUUCGACGAUCGGGAAUCGAAAUUCCCCCGCCCAACGCUUCCAACCGAUCCGGCUCUCGCGCGCGAGAGAGAGGGGUAUCUGGAUGAUACUCUGCAACGCGGCGCGAUUGUCAGAGGCUUUAUCUCAAGAUCGACGGCGAGGCUCGCGUUGAUCGAUGCGGCAUAGUCUUGAGGGGGCCGUCCUCGCGAACGAUCGAGAACGUGGGGUACGGCCCCGAUCGAGCUGACUAAGGGAAACCGUCCGAACCGAGGGCCAGUCCUGCUGCUAAUAGGGCCCACGGUGGAGGGAGGGAUCCGUGGACGGAUAUACCGGGGCUAUUUUAGCAGUUUCUACUCUCGUCGUGUCGCCGUAAGGCGCCUAUCCACGCAACAUGCUCUACAUCUUCCACGUUGACACCGGCACCACCAUCACCUUUGACAUCAAGCUGGCACUGCAAAGUGUCAGCCAGCUGAUGGAGGCGAUCGAGAGGGAAUGUGGUGUGGUAGCGGCGCAUCAGGUGCUGCUCAUGAGCGGAGGCGAGUGCUUGGAACAAAAUGCACGUGUGUGUUCCUACUCGGCUGGAACCGACACGAAUCCGAUCUAUCUGUUCAGCAAGGCCGCCAUUGAGAGCAGUCUACCGCCCACGCCAAGUAUAGAUUACGGUUCCGAUGUCGACCUGCAGACUCAGAUCGAUGCCUCGCUGGCGAUGCCGGCCACCUAUCAGACCCUUUGCGCACGUGCCCAUUUGGCCCAGCAAUGUUGCGGCCUGGCGCGUGAACAGACGAGGAUCUGCGAGAGGCUAGUUCACGAUCAGCAUCUCCAGCAGCAGGGCUGGGCCGCGGUGGUCGCCAACCUCGAGGACAUCACGCAUAUGUUCCAAACACGAGCCGAGCAGUUCCAGCAGGCCUUCGUCCUGUACCUCGCCGAGAGGCAACAGCAUAUGAAACUCCUCGAUAACUUUAGCGCCGAUCUCGGUACUCUUGCGAAAAUUCCAAUUUUGCCGGCCUUGCGAGCCCAAGCCGAAGGCUUAUUGAGUCCGGACGAUCAACCGAGUCAAACUUCCGAAACCGCGUCGGAGGACAGUGGGGAAGUACUGAGUUUGCUACGAUGGAUCUCCGCGAAAGACAAUCAGAGCAGCCUGGAGCAAGUGGCAGAACAGUGCUCGCGUGGCCUGGAGCAGUUCGAUGAACGAUUGAUGCAAUCCUUGAAGGCGGAAGUGCACGCGGCCAUCGAUAAUGCUAACAAGCAAGAUAUGAAGGAGAUCAAGGGCCUAGGCGAGAGGCUGUUUGCCCUGGAACAGCUAAUGGUGCAAACUAAGAGGAUCGUUCACGAGCAGGGCGAGCUUGCUCAGGGUUUCCUGCAAAAUCAGAAUCGCGCGAGCAAUUUAGGCGACGCGAGUGUCCUUCCAGAUCUUUGCAAUUCUCACCGGCGGCAAUUGCUCGUCAUGUUGCAAAAUCACAACCAGCUGCGCGACAUCCGCCGUAGGUGCACCAAGGCGAAGGAGGAGCUGUCGGUGAAUAUCUAUCAUCGCCUGAAGUGGAUUAUGUACGUGGAGAACAAGAUGGUGGAAGUGGGCAACAAGCUAAUCAUAUAUCACGAGAGCCUGAAGCGGUUACGACGGCAUCUGGAGGUUCUCCAACAGAUCCACUUGGCUCCGCAAAUGUACAUAAGCGCGGUGGUUGAGGUUGUUAGGAGGCGCACCUUCUCGCAGGCUUUCCUCGUAUGGGCGAGCAAUCUGGCAUGCCAGCUGUUGACUGUUCACAGCGAAGAGUUGGCACGUAGACGAGAGUUUCAGACCAAAUUUGACGGCCACUUCUUGAACACCCUGUUCCCAGGUCUGGAGGACACGCCACCGCCCUUCGCAACGCAGGCACCUUCCGUUUUCGACAACGGGUUACCUAAGCUGACCGCGGACGACAUGGAGUCAUUGAGGUCGCAGCUUCCAGAUUUGGCGCUUACGAUUUCUACGCCGGAUUUGAGCAGCAUCACGCAAUUCUUCUUAUCGAAGAGCUUUACCGAAGGCAGCACCGAUGGCAACAAGGAGAAAGACACCACAUCGGUGAGCACCGAUAUUCCUUCAAAAGAACAAGAACGCACUAGAGCGCCGUUGUUGUCCGACAGGGGCGACUUUGAAUCCGAAACCGACACGGAGGAGUUUGAGAAAAUUGGUCAAGCCGGCGUGGAUGUGACCAAGCCCGGCGUGUUUGACGGGGCGAAACAGAAACGGCAGAAGCAAAUGGAGGUUGGUGCCUCUCGAAGCGUGUCCCCCGCUUCCUCGACCUCGACUAACGUCUCCCCGCUAAACUCGAAAGUCGCGGAUUUAACGACGCGUUCGUCCACAUCAAGCGAACCCGGCUCUUUCCAAUUUCCCAGCCUGUCCGCCACGAGCGAGCGCCCGGCGCAGCUAAGUCCGCUGACCGAGUGCGUGGAGAACGGCGCCGCCGAUUCCUCCAAUUGCUUGCUUCGCAGCGGCGUGAGCGGCCUGUCCAACUAUCGCGACGCCCUGCCGCUCGAGGACCAACAUUCCCUGAGUCCGAAUCCUCCCUCCUUGCCACGGUCCUCCGUCAUGUGCGACGGCCAGCAUCAACAGCAUCAGCAUCCGCUGUCCGGUAGCGGUGGUAGCAGUCCCUCCGUCGGCGUGGGUGCUACCGACUUCAUGGGUACCGAAUUUUACAUGGACGAAUCCCUGCCGAGCAGCCUCAGCGAGCAUCCCGCCGACGGCCAGCAUCAGGCUAUCGUGUCCCUUCUUCAGGAGAAUCUCGGUAACACGCGUGAGGAGGUGGAAAGGUUGCGGUCUAUCCUGAAGACCAUGAAAACGGUCGUAUGCGAGGAGCUCAGUUCUGUCCGGAAUGAAUUGGCGAUCCUGCGAAAUCAGUCUAACGAGGACAAGAGCGGCAUCGUCGAGAUGACGGAACGCGUUCGAGUGGCGUUGUCUUUACACUCGCGGGAGUAUGACCGACGUCUUCAAGAGCGCGAGCAGGAGCUGACGAUCGAGCACGAGUAUGAAAUAGCGGACGUUAAGAAGCUGAUGCAGAGUCGCGAGGAAGAGAUCUGCACGCUCAAGCGUAAUCUCCUGGAGAAGGAAACCGAACUGGCGGAGCACGAGCGACUGGUAGCCACGAUGCGUCAGAAGUUGGAGGACGAGCAGAUCGAGAGGAGGAACUUGCAGACCCGUUUACAUCAGCAACUCGAGGAUUAUUCGAGGAUACUCGAGCAAGCGCGCAUAGACAGGGAAGAGGCUGUGAAAAAAACGAAUGACGAUAGAUUCCUCGAGAUCACUUCUUUAACGAAUUCACUGACGCAAUGUCAGAAGCGAAUUCAAGACCUAGAGGAGAAUCUGGUCACCGCGCGCAACGAUCAGGAUAGAAUGGUGAAAGAGGCGACUGAUAAGUUGCAGAUAGAAUACAAGACGGAGUUGGAAACCAUUCGGAGCCGCUUCAAACUUAUGACCGCUUCUACCAUGGAAAGGAGCCCCAGCGAUUCCAGUUUAGAGAAGAUCGAACGAACAGACGUUAUCGAGCUCGCGAAUCACGAGGCGAUUCUGGCGCAAGCGAGGGAGGACAUGAAAGUUGCGAACGCCAUGGCAGUUCGUACUGCUAUCGUAAAGGAAAGGGCCGAUUGCAUGGCAAAAUUGGACAACGAAUUACGAUUGGCGAAGGAAGUGGUCGAAGAGAAAAAUAGGGAAAUAGAGAUGUACAGAAUGAGAACGGAAUCGCUGAGCGAACAAGUCAAGCAAUAUAAGAAUGCGAUAGAUCGAUUGGAAAAUUGGAGACUUGGAGAAUUCGAACUGAAGUCGGAGAUACAGCAAACUUUGAUGGAGAAGAUGAAAAGUCUUGAAGCGGACAAGUGUUUGGAGAGUCAAGAAACCACAGAGAAGGCUAUGCUAGCGGUUUUGGAACAAAACGAAGAUAUUGUGUAUCCUCUAGAAUCUGGAGUGUGCAAAGACUUGAGCUACGAUCGGUUGGACGCAGGUCAAAUUGAUCUAGAGGACGUCUUUAAGGAAUCCGAAAAGUAUGAGGUCGAGGUCUCCGAAUCGAAGAAAGUACGAUUGGAAGCUGAUGACGAUGAUCUGGCUCGGCUGUCGAGGCGACUUGAAUCUCUCGAGAAUGACAACAAGAGGCUAUCCUGCGAGCUAAAUUCGAUACGCGCGAGUAAAAUGGCGGCCGAAGCGAAAGUGGAGGCGUUAAUGACUGACAAAAUUCGUUUGGAGAUUGAAUUGCUGAAGGAGCGAACCAAGAAGACAUUUGGUAUCGACCCGAUGCCGGAGAGCCGCGACAAGGACAUGAACGCAUCGGUCGCAGUGGUUUCGGACUCCAGUUCAAGUCGGGACGCGGCCACGAGUCCAGAGCCGACGAGUCGACGAUCAUCUUCCAAAUCGUUGUGCUUCCAUCCCUCCCUUCCCUCGUACAUACAUAAGAAGGUCGCGGAAAAAGUCACGAAGAUGGUGCAACAGGGAAUUGUCACCAUCACCAGCUGCAAUCCAGGUGACGUGGUACUCGUAGUCUGGGAUGCUGUGCACGGCAACUACGCGGUGUACCAGGAAUCUUCAACUUUUUAUUUCCUUCAUUCGGACUACGUGGACGCACUGGACGUGGGGAUGAAUCGGAGCGGUUCUCGCAAGUGCGUCCUCGCCGAAGUGAUCGACAAGGAGUACUGUCACGCCAGAAAGCACGAAAAUCGGUACCACGUACCACGUGGCACGAAAUUUUACAGAGUGCGCGUUAAGCCACGAGAUGUACGCGCGCUGACAGACGAGACAGGUUCAAUGUCGAAGAGUCAACUACCGUAAUUUUACGUUCAGACUGUGCCGAGAAUCCCUUGAUUCUUGCCUAGUACAAGCGCUGUGAUCGAGGGUUUGCGUCGGCAGGCCGCG